CACGAUCUUCACUUCCACGAGGGUUAGAAUAUUGAAGUCUCCCAUGUAAACCCUUAAAGAAAACGAGAUAAAGAAGAAAUUCUAUCACUGCAUUACAUUACGUGUGAGAACUGUUUGGAUUUCACUGCCCCGCCCCGCCAGGAAAGACAGUGAACAGUGACUUGAGCCAAUUUGUGAACAGUCCCGAGAGCCAAGAUUGUGCUGAGGGAUGGUGGUGGCAGUGGUGGCGGUGGUGAGUCUUCUGCUGGGGACGGCUGAGACAUUGACUGAGGCGGGCGUGAGGAAGACACACGCCACAAGGAGACUCUUCACCCCGCCAGGCACCCUCACCGCCUCGCUCUUCCUGCAGGAGGAUGCCAUGGCGAUGAGCUUCGGCCCGGAGUCUCUGCCCGUGCCACUGCCGCCCCGUAGGAGAUUUCGGAGGUCAGAGGCGUUGAUGCGGGCGGCCAAGACGAUAGAGGGCAUGGUGAAGGUAAUGGAGGACAAAGACGCCGCUGGGAUGCCCGAAGAUCCACUCAAGACAGAACUGAUGCUUCUCUCCCAAGAAAUUCACUCCACACUGACGCCAGACGAGGACAAGGAGGACGACAACACCACCCUCACGAACUUUAUCAAUGACUCGUCCGGCCCCACCCUCAACAACCCCAAGGAACCAGGCAUUGUGGUGGAGGUAGACGAGGACACCGCUGACGUCUCUGCGAAUGCCACAGCGAAAGUGUUCCUGGAUAGAGUCAAAGAAAUCUUGGAGGGAAGCGGCAUCGAACUCGUCCUUCCUGUUGACUGUGGCCGGAACCCGCUAAAGCCGAAUGACCAGCUGGGAACGACGGAACUGCCCUGGCUGGUGGCUCUGGGCUCACGGGAGGACGGCCGCUUCUUCUACCGCUGUCCUGGCCUCAUCAUCACUAACUUCCACGUGCUCACUGACGCCGACUGCACCGCCUCCCCCAGCAUAAAUGUGGUGCACGUGAGCAGGACCGGGCAACUUCCUGACAAAGAGGCGACGGAGAACUUCGUGGUGGGACGCAGGAUACACCCGGACAUCACCACCCUGACGGACCUCUUCCUGGGUGUCAAUGUGGGCCUUCUGGAGCUGUCUGAACCCUUCCUCUUCCGCGAUGACAUCCAGCCCGUGUGUCUGCCAGGGAUACUGGAGGAGCCGGACCCUCUCACUGCCUUCAGGGGCGUCGUGGCAGGAUACAACGUCAUCCCAGAGAGACCCACCGUCUCACCAAGCAGGGCAGGGCGGGACGCGGAGGUGUACGUGAAGGAGGCGAGUGUGUACGGCCCCGUGUGGUGUCGAAGUGGGGUGCUUAGUGUGGACUCGAGCCCCAACCUCACCACGACCCUCCUGCAAGUGUUGAAUGAAAAACACGUGUGCGCCUCGGUGGAUUUUGACGAGACGGGGAAGGCGGUGCUGCUGGCGGAGGACGGCAGGACGGGCAGGGUGCGGGUGAUGGGCGUGGGGGCGUUCGCUAACAAGGCGCACACCUACCCUGUGGUGUUUACCCUCGUGCAGCCUCACCGCUUCUGGGUCGAGGUCACACUUAAGCGGUUCCUGGACAACACGGCCUCGCGCAUCACCCUUGAGGAGCCAGAAGAUGAGCAGUGAUGGGAAUCUUGCUGGAGUGGAAGUGAGAGACUCGGACGGUGUGUGGCGCAGCGUGAGUGGCCACAAGACCCACUGUUGACCGGCACACUUGCACAUCCAGCACUCGAUCCCCCAGCCCUACCUCCUUCACCUCACUGUGUGGCCUGCGAGAGGAACCACCGCAGGAUCAAUAAGGAGGGUACAGUGCAGGAUUGGCAGGAUGUGUAGUGUUGUAUUCUAUGUUUAAUUCUACUUGCCAUGGAGCAGCCAGGGUUUGUUUCUCUAUGCCAUAUCCUACUCAGUGUAAGUUAUGUAUGAAAUGUUUACACCUCGCAUAGAUAAGUUUGUUUUAGUGUGUUUUUCAUCAUAUUAGUCAUUGCUAUUUAUGCUUUUUUUUUUAUUUAGACCUACAUAUUUCCUUUCCAUGAAGCAAAAAGAGUUCCUCACAAUGGCUCAAACUCAAAACAAUAAAUGCUACCUCAUCUUGAUAGAAUUUCCCAAAGUGUAGGUAAGGUGUUUCUUAAAAAGCCUUGCAAAGCAGUACAUACACAUAGCAAUCUUAACACAACUAGAUAAAAGUUACUACUACUUGUAAGAAACGUGGAGCUAAUGUAAAGAAAAAAAAAUAUUAUAAAGCUUUGUCUAAUGGUAAA